UUCGACUUGUGCGUUGCGAAGAUCGCGAGCGAGCAUGCCAUGGAGCGAACGAGCGAGUGCCUUCGUCAUCGUUUGCUGAUUUUCAUUCAAGUUAAAAAUUGCAGUGUAGGGUGCUAAAAUUAUGUUAAUGAAGUGAACAAUAGAAUUGGUGAUGUUGGCCUUAGGCUUAUUGUUAUUUCGCAAAAAAACUGUUAAAGAACACAAGUUUACUGUAGUAAUCCGUCGAAAAUCGAGAAAGCUUCAAACGUGUUUGAAGCUUUCGUUUUUGCAUUAAUGGAACUAUGAACCUGGACCCUUUAACGUUUAGCUUAUCGCAAAUCAAUUAUCUUGUUAUAAAUUUAAGUAAGAAGAACUUCAAGCAGACGAAUCAAGAGUUGUCUCAGCUGGUUAGUCUAUAUGGGCUAGAAGCGGAAAAUCAACUCUUGAGGUGUCUGCUCACUGAGGCAGCGAAGAACUGUUGGGAUACUGAUCGUCCAGGAAAUUCGUCUAACAAUAGCAUCCACGCGUCUUUGCUCGCGCAGCAUCUAGCAUCCUUGCUCAACCAUCCAGCGAAGUCGACUGUUAUCUGUCGCGCUGUAGACCAACCGACCAGAACACUACAGAAGAUAUUAAAACCUUCAAAUACUUUACUCAAUCGACUGUCAAGAUUGUUAAAGUUAACCACCGCAGAGGAUGUUGCCCUUUCGCUGGUUCUAAGGAGGAACUCGUCGAAAACUGAAAUCGUAAAUUUAUCCAAACAACAUCUCAAAAAGAGAUUUUUAGAUCUCGUACAGUGCUACCUCGACGCAGAACGCGGACAUCAAGUGGAGCGUGCCGGACUUCAGGAAUGCAGCCCUGAAGUGUUGCAAACUCUUCUUACUAAUCUCGCGCACGAAAAUUUUCGUUUAGCCGCAGUGACAAAGGACUUAUUUUUGAAGAAGUUACGAAUCGAUUUCCCUCGGGAAGUAGUGCCAAUAGUGCUCGCGCCCCUGCUGUAUCCCGACGAUACAAAGACGCCUCUUGAGGAAAUGACUACAGCAGACGACAUGGCCGCAGCCAUGAUGGACAACUCUCUCGCAGAGAUCAUCCGAGAUAUCGGCUAUUCUUUCACCUCAUCCGUUGAGGAAUGCAAGAACAAUAUGUUGAACUUCGGCGCCCGAGAGCCUACGGCUACGGAUGUUGCCAAAAUUAUAUCGACUAUGGUGAGAUACCACACGACAGUUCAAGACGGGCCACCGAUACAGACACCCGGCAACUUCUGGGUCGGCCACGAUGUCAAAAAGGAGCCUUUGUCCCAAGGGCAUGGCGACUCGUGGAACGCAGAAGUAUUAGUUCAAACACUAAAGGAUCUAGCCUCUAACCUUAACUGGAAAGAGGUCAUUCUACAACUGGAUCACCCUGAAUUUUUCGUCGCUGACAGACAAGGCUUGAGCUUGCUGUUCACAAUAUUGCGACUUGGCCUUCAAAGUGCGGGCUACCCGUCAAAUAUAUUCCCGGUUGAAUAUUUGUGCCGUCGAUGGACAAAUCUAGAAGGUCAGAUGAGCCUCAUAACUAACAUACUGAAGCACCCAGACAUAUUUAGUUUUGCUGAUCACCCGUUUCAUCCAGUUUCUAUCGAUUUACUGAAAUCACCUCCUGAAGCGGACAACAAAGACGUAGCGACCUGGCGUUGCCUUUACCUGGUUGAACUACUGCUGUAUGCUUCAGAGCGUGGCUAUUACAUGCAAGUACAAGAACUAUUCAAGAUACCACUACAGUAUUGCCCGGAUGUAUUGAUGCUGGCUUUACUUCAAAUUAGUCCACCUGUCAAUGUGGUUAGACAAGAGUUGUUUUCAACCCUAAUACCAAUAUUUUUGGGCAACCAUCCUAAUUCAGGAAUCAUUUUACACCAUGCUUGGCAUAAUCAAAACCCUAAUAUCAAAGCUGUGAUUAUGCAUUCAAUGGCAGAAUGGUACAUUCGUGGAGAUUGUGAUCAGUCAAAACUUUCAAGGAUCUUAGACGUCGCACAGGAUUUAAAGGCGUUGUCCUUAUUAUUGAAUGUUCAAUCGUUUCCUUUUGUGAUCGACCUUGCUUGUCUAGCGUCCCGGAGGGAAUACCUAAAGCUUGAUAAAUGGUUAACCGACAAAAUUAGGGAUCAUGGCGAAGCCUUUGUCUCCUCGAUGGUUAAAUUCUUGCAAAGAAGAUGCCCAUUAGUCCUUGGUAAAGGACCAGAAGAGCAGUUACCAAAAGCAGCUCAGUUACCGCACGAAACGAUUGCUACGAUGCUGGCAUGCUUACAAUUAUGCAUUCCGAAUGUUCAACAAGAGCUACAGGAGGCGAUCUGCAAUGUAAUUGCUAACUGCCAGACUCUCAUACUAAGUAAAACACGGCAGAGCAUUGCGGGAAUUGCACGACCUCACACCAGAGUCUUGGAAACACCGUUCAACCCUGCUGGAUUAGGUGGUCAAUUAUUCCCACCACAUGUGGAUUCCAUCACUAAUUUGACUCCCAAUGUAGCAAACAUGAGCUUGGGCGCACCAGCUAACACAGCGUUUGCAAUGCCUGGUACCUUAGGACCCCUUGUGACUACGCCAGGGUCGCCUUCGCGGCUCAUGGGUGCUGGGCCUAAUAGCCCGUUUGCAAUGAUGCCCUUGCAACAUAACGCAAAUGUGGCUAAUAUGGGAUUGGCCAGAAUGGUCCCUGCUCCAGCAAUGGAUAAGCCACGUAUUCCAGAUCCAAUUCACUUCCCUGAGAUGAUGCAUAAUGUUGCCAAGGAAAUUGAGGAUGAAGCUAACGGCUAUUUUCAAAGAAUCUAUAACCAUCCGCCUCAUCCCACGCUGUCGAUAGACGAAGUGCUUGAUAUGCUGAAAAAGUUUCAAGAUUCGCCAAACAAACGAGAGCGUGAGGUAUUCUCGUGUAUGCUGCGAAACCUCUUUGAAGAAUACAAAUUCUUUCCUCAGUAUCCGGACAAAGAACUUCACAUAACUGCCCAACUCUUCGGCGGAAUCAUAGAGAAGGGCCUAGUACCCAGUUACGUCUCGCUUGGCCUGGCUUUAAGGUUUGUUCUGGACGCGUUACGGAAACCAGAGGGCUCUAAAAUGUAUUACUUUGGUAUAGCGGCUUUGGACAGAUUCAAGUCGCGCCUCAAGGACUAUCACAAAUACUGCGAGCAUGUUAGAGCUAUACCUCAUUUUAGUGAAUUCCCUCCGCAUCUCAUCGAGUAUGUAGAGUACGGACUCCAGAGUCAAGAGCCGCCGUCGAAACCCCAAGGGGCUGUGUUGCCGACUAGCCUGGCAGCUAUGUUAAACCAAACCGCAGUUGUAACUGUAUCAGCUCCGUAUAGAGCUGUCGCCCCACCUAUUUCGGUGAUAUCAAAAGUGGCAAAUUGCACGUCAGGUGGUAUGGGAAGCCGACCAUCCAUUGCGAACGCCACGAACAUCGACACGCUGCUGACAGCUACGGACAGGGAAGAGAAAAUCAACGCUCCGCCUGAACCCAUUCAAGACAAAACAGCUUUUAUUUUCAACAACUUAAGCCAGUUAAACUUACAACCUAAAUGCGAAGAGCUCAAGGAAAUACUCACUGACGAAUAUUAUCCCUGGCUGUCUCAAUAUCUAGUCAUGAAGAGAGCUUCUAUCGAGCUCAACUUCCAUGCAUUAUAUUCCAAUUUCCUUGAUGUUCUUAAAAUUCGCGAGGUCAACAAGAUGGUUACAAAGGAAACUUAUCGUAACAUCAAAGUAUUAUUGCGCUCAGAUAAAGGCAUAGCAAACUUUUCUGAUCGUUCAUUACUGAAGAAUCUCGGUCACUGGCUUGGCAUGCUUACGUUAGCACGUAACAAACCUAUUCUGCAUGUCGAUAUUGAUCUAAAAGCACUAGUACUCGAAGCUUAUCAUAAAGGCCAACAGGAACUGCUGUAUGUAGUACCUUUUGUGGCCAAAGUUUUAGAAUCAUGCGCUAAAAGCGUUGUUUUCAAGCCUCCCAAUCCCUGGACGAUGGCAUUGAUGAAUGUACUAGCCGAGUUACACCAGGAGCCAGAUUUAAAACUGAAUUUGAAGUUCGAAAUAGAAGUACUGUGCAAGAAUCUAGGCCUAGAUAUAGCUAAUCUGAAACCUGCCAUUUAUUUGAAAGAUCCUGAAAAAGUAAGGCAGAUAGAAUUUCAACUGUCGCAGCCGAAACCGAAUAAAGAGGCAACGGCAGUGGUACCGGUUAACCCAGCAAUCAUCCAGGUUCCGCAAAUGCAAAUGAUGCCACCUCCGCCUCCCAUGAUACCGACGGAGGACAUGACAGUCACCGCGCCCACGCCCACCAGCGGCCUCAUGGGCGACCCCAAUCUAAUGGGAGUCAUCGGCCUGCCUGAGCCUAGAUUCAAUUAUGUGGACGUUAAUGUUUCGUCCACAUCUGCAUUCGGCCAAAAGAUAUGCUUCAAUCCUCAGAUUCUCUUAUUCCAAAACUAUCCGAACUUGAAACAGUUUGUCAAGCCCGCGAUCGAGAGGUCGAUCCAGGAAUGGAUCCACCCUGUUGUGGACCGAUCAAUUAAGUAUGCUUUAACUACGUGUGAGCAAAUAAUAAGGAAAGACUUCGCGUUGGAUCCUGAUGAAGUGAGAAUGCGAACCUGCGCGCAUCACAUGAUGCGAAACCUGACCGCUGGCAUGGCGAUGAUCACGUGUCGCGAGCAGAUCAUUAGCACUAUCAGCACCAACCUGAAGGGUGCUUUCGCAACCGCCCUGAUGCCCUCCACACCCCAACAGUUUCUGGUAUUUCAGAAGGAGAUUAUAGAAAGCGCAGCUGCUGUUCUAGCUACCGAAAAUAUGGAGUUGGCGUGCGCGUUCAUCCAGAAGACUGCGGUGGAGAAGGCGCUGCCCGAGCUGGACAAGCGCCUGCUUAACGACUACGAGAUGCGCAAGCUCGCGCGCCAGGAGGGCCGUCGCUACUACGACCCUAUGGUGCUCUCCUACCAGAACGACCGCCUGCCCGAACGCGUCCGUCUCCGCGUCGGCGGCCCCACAGAAGUCCAAAUCACCGUCUACGAAGAAUUUGCAUGCAACAUCCCCGGCUUCACGCCCAUUCGCGACGUCGGAAUGUUCUUGCUCAAACCGGCUCAGGAUCAAAUGUCUCAACUCACGUUCAGCCAGGUCAUCAAUCCGAGUCAGGUGUACGGCACGGACGAGAUGAGCGCGCUGAUCUCCGCCGCCGAGAUGUUCCUCGCCAACUGCAUCGCCGUCGCCACGCUCGCCGUGCAGGGAGCUAACAUGCACUCUCUCCUCGAGUGCCUCUUCCUCGCAAGAAGAAACCGCGACUUUGUGUCCGGAUGCGCUUUGCUCCAGAAGGCGGUGGAGGGGUUGUUGGACGGGCACAUCGUGCAGCCGGGCAUGAGCAGCGAGCACGUCGAGAUGAUGGCUCGCUACCGCGACAUCCACCUGCGCGUGCUCAAGCUGCUGGAAGACCAGCGCGUGUACGGACACGUGUGGACCUCCAAGCAGAUCACCUGCUGCAUCACCGAGUGCCGCGAGGAGCUGCGCUACAACAUCGAGGCGGUCGACUGCCUCAUCAGGAACCAUCUGGUCAACUUGCCACAGUACGACCUUGCCAUCGCUCACUUGAUGGACAGCGGCAACAACUACAUGGCUGUUGCGUUCGCGAUGCAACUGGUGCAACUGUACCUCGUAGACGACAGGAACAACAUCUACGUAAGCGAAGGCGACUUGUUCCACACUGCUGAGACGCUGGUCAGAAUCUUGUCCCACUCCCGCCAGCCUCCGCCCGAGGGCCUUGGAUCCCUCAUCGAAAUGCUCCGAGUAAACCAAGAUCCUAGCGCCUAUUUAGGGGAAAGGUCCCCGUUAGGACCAACUGCACACAUCCACUCUGGAAUCCUGCAAGUUAGAGCCCAGAAUUACGACGACCCGCCCGGUUUACAAGAAAAGACGGAGAAUCUUCUCCGCGAAUGGAGAAACGUGCUUCUCAGCCCAAUGACCGAAAUAGAACUCGCUCAGAAUUUCAACUUGUAUGUCCAUCGCAUGAACAUGAACGGAAUCCUUAAAUCUGAUGACAUGAUCACGAGAUUUUUUAGAAUUGCUACGCAGAUGUGCGUUGAGAACGUUUAUCAACAGUUGAGCGAGGAUAGGAUGAACACUCCUCCCAUACCACCGAAGAGAGACAAAUACUACACAAUGUGCGACUCAUUCAUAAAACUGGUUUCGCUCCUUAUCAAGAACACACCUGAUGGCGGCAAUCCGACGCCCAAGUUGAACCUCCUAAACAAGAUUUUAGGCAUCAUUGCUGGCUGCUUGCUGCAAGAUCAUGAAGAGCACGGCACGAACUUCCAGCAGCUACCGUAUCAUCGUCUACUACUCAUCCUAUUCCUUGAUAUGAAUAUGGCUGAACCCGUUUUAGAAUCGAUGAACUAUCAGGUUCUAACUGCAUUCUGCCAUACCCUUCGUAUCAUUCGGCCUAACAUCGCGCCUGGCUUCGCGUACGCGUGGCUCGAGGUCGUAGCGCAUCGUGCUUUCAUUAACCGCGUUCUAGCGGUAACACCACAGCAGAAGGGCUGGGGGAUGUACUCCACACUUCUGAUCGACUUGUUCAAGUUCCUAGAUCCUUUCCUUCGCAACACAGAGCUCGCGACGCCCGUCAUGAUGUUAUACAAGGGCACGUUGAAGGUGCUUCUCGUGCUUUUGCAUGACUUCCCUGAGUUCCUGUGUGAUUAUCACUAUGGUUUCUGCGACGAGAUCCCGCCAAACUGCAUCCAGAUGAGGAACCUCAUCCUGUCUGCGUUCCCCCGCAACAUGCGGCUCCCGGAUCCCUUCACUCCUAACCUGAAGGUGGAUCUACUUGCGGAGAUCACGCUGCCACCCCGCGCAGUGAUCAACUACAACACUAUCAUCCCUGCGUCACAAUUCAAGAAGGAUUUGGAUGCUUACCUGAAGGCUCGCGCACCUGUCACGUUCCUGUCAGAACUGAGGAGCAACAUGCAGGUGUUGAACGAGCCCGGUCGGCGGUACAACUGUCAGCUUAUGAAUGCCGUGGUGCUAUACGUCGGAACGCAGGCGAUCGCGCACAUUCGCUCCAAGGGACAAACACCCAACAUGUCCACCAUAGCACAUUCCGCGCACAUGGAUAUCUUCCAGAAUUUCACUGUAGACUUCGACUUCGAAGGACGAUACCUAUUCCUGAACGCGAUCGCGAACCAGUUGCGGUACCCUAACAGCCACACGCACUACUUCUCGUGCUGCCUCCUAUACCUAUUCGCCGAGGCCAAUUCUGAGGCCGUACAGGAACAAAUCACGAGGAUGCUGCUCGAACGACUCAUCGUCAACCGCCCCCACCCCUGGGGCCUACUCAUCACCUUCAUCGAACUCAUCAAGAACCCAAUCUACAAAUUCUGGUCGCACGAGUUUGUUCAUUGCGCACCUGAGAUCGAGAAGUUAUUUGCAUCAGUGGCACGAUCCUGCAUUGUAGACAAGACGGGUGCGGGAGGGGGGGAAAGAGAGAUAGCCGAGUAGCGUCGCGCCAAUUGGGAGUCGGUCCGGCAUAAGCACAUGUAUAAAGGCUAUGUCGAGAAAGGCUUCCAAGGCGAGGCAGGACCUAGCCAGCCGCCGCAGCCACAGCCGUCCACUUCAGGCCAGCCCCCCAAACAGAUGUUGCAGUGGAACAAACUGUUUCAAAAGAAGUAAAUCAGUGACGAACAAUUGUACUGUACAUAUAUUUAUAAUGUUGUAGUGAUCUCUUUGUACAUUAAUCAUUUGGUUUUUGACAUUUGCUCGAACAGAUAAUCUUUUCAAAGUGUAAUUUUCAUCAAGCUUUAAUUUGACAAUCCUCUCAAGUUUUGAUUGACUAUUUGAUAUAAUUAUGAAUUCAAACAAAAAUAAAUUAAAAUUUUCUCAAUUGUUUUUUCUCAAUUACUCAACAGCAAUUUUUUUAAAUAGUUAAAUGACAGUAUGUCAAAAAUCAAUUAAUAUCUCUAAGGCAUAUGAUACACACGGAUUGUGUGUUAUGGCAAGAGAAUCGCCACUUCGGUGGUCAAAUCACAAAAUUAUAUAUACUAUAAAGUUAGUAUUGUACAAAAAUUGUGUGACCGCAGAAUGUCGAUUAUUGAAAUCUUGACUUAAUUGACUAUUGUCUACAUACAAACAUUUAAAAAUAAUCGUUAAAUUCACAUUUACAUAAAUUUCAUUUAGUAAAAUAUACUAAUUCCCAUAUUACAUUCUGGAUUACAUCAAAUUAUUGACUACAAACAUUUAAAAUAUAAUUAUGUUUUACCAUUCAUUUUUACAUUUUUGUCAUUUUUCAAUUUUUAAAUAGCAUAGGUACUUGCACCGCGUACCGCGACACGGACCGCACAGAACGUUUCACUCGCGCUUCGUGCUCGCGGUACUCGCCACUCAAUCAUGUUAUUAAUCCAAAUUAAAUUUAUUCCAUAUAAUAAAUACUUUUGUACAUAAAUGUCAUGAAUGUUAAAAUAUAUAAUAAUUAAUACAGUAUAUAAAUAUUACAUAGGAUAUAAAGGCGGUUUAAGUGGAUAGUUGACGGUGGAAGUUUCUUAACGCGAAUGUAGUGAUCACUUGGCGUGUAGCGGGUGGCAUUGGUCCGCAACUAAGAUUUACUUGACGCUGUAGUCACUCGUGUUCGGUGUGUUCUUCUCACACGAAAUUUACAAUUUUUCAUUUGUCGAUGUUUUACUGCAUGAAAUUACAAUUCCACCAUUUCUAAAUAGGUACUUGCACUGCGUACUAGCCACGACCAGAGUGAGGUCUUGUUUAUAAUCCAAAUGCAUGUUACAUUUAUUCCAUUGACAUUGAAAGUAAUAAUAAAUACUUAUAUAGUGAAAGGUGAUGAAUUUUAAAAUAAUGAAUACAAUAAAUAUUACAAAUGCGGUUUUAAGUGGAUAGGUAAUUGUGGAUCACUCGGCGUGUAGCGGGUGGCAUAGGUCCGUAAGUAAGAUUUCGCGACGCUGUUAUCACUCGUGUUCGGUGUGUUGUGCCGCUGGUCGCGACAUUAAUUAGCUGCAUUUAAAAUUAAUCUUACGACCAGACGUACAACACACUCAACUCUCUUAUUUUAAGGCAAAUUACACUAAGUGAUACAGAGCUAGCUUGUCGAAUUAAGGAAAUCGACUGAUUAUAAAGGUAACCGCUAAAUCAAUCGUUAGUCUCAUAAAACAUUGUAUUUUUAAUUCUAAAAGUAUCUUGUAGUUUUUAUGAUGCGACGGUUGGUUCUAAUUGUAAAACAUUUUAGUGGUAACUUAUUUAAUAAGUUUUGAUGAACUUAAGUUCAUGUUGUAAAGUUUUUUAUGUGUGAUUUCAACGUAAUAUAGUAAUGUACGUACCGGUGAGGGACUUGCUUCGCAUGUAGCUCCCCGCCGGGCUAUGCAUUUUAGAUUUAAUGCUAAAAUUAAACUUCACUUUGAUUAAGCCAUGUAAUCACCUUUUCUAAAGAUGUGUUUUAUUAACUUUAAACAAAAGUAUUUUUACA